AUGAGUGCACAACUUGCAAAUGUUGUACGGAAACUUUUUGAAGACUAUCGUAGAACGACGCCAUCAAAGUUAAAAGUCAUCGAUGCCUAUCUUUUUUAUAUUCUUCUCACUGGAGUAAUACAGUUUGUAUAUUGUGUUCUCGUUGGCACUUUUCCAUUCAACUCGUUUUUGUCCGGUUUUAUUUCGACUGUCGGGUGUUUCGUCCUUGCAACGUCUCUGCGGAUCCAGGUUAAUCCCGAAAACAAGGCUCUUUAUCCUAAUAUCAGCCCUGAAAGAGCUUUUGCCGAUUUUAUUUUUGCUCAUGUCAUAUUUCAUCUUGUAAUUGCAAAUUUUUUGGGCUAA